GGUAGAACCCGAGGGGGGGGCGCGCAAGCGCAGCCGGUGGGCUAUUGGUCUGCUGGAUUUGGGGCCCAAAGGGCACCAGCAGAACAUCACAGCUCUAGGAGGAGGUGGAGCUUUACUGGGAGAUGCCUCUCUUCAGAAAUAAGUUCAGUCCCAAGAAGACGCCUCCUCGGAAGUCAGCCUCUCUCUCCAAUCUGCACUUUUUGGACCGAUCCACUCGGGAGGUCGAGCUGGGACUGGACUAUGGAGCACCAACCUUGAACCUGGCUGGGCAGAGCCUCAAGUUUGAGAAUGGCCAGUGGAUAGCAGAGUCAGGUGCCUGUGGAGGCGCGGACCGCAGGGAGGCCCAGCGACUGCGCAAGAGGAAUAAGCAGCUGGAAGAGGAGAACAAUCUCCUGCGAGUCAAAGUGGAGAUCCUGCUGGACAUGCUCGCCGAGACCACGGCCGAGUCCCAUCUCAUGGAGAAGGAACUAGAUGAACUAAAGAACAUUAGCCAGAGGAGGAAGUGAUGUAGAGGAGCUGAGCCCCGGGGGCAACAAAGUGAGAAUGAGGAGGUAGGGGUGGUAGCGAAACACAGCAGCACAAAUUAAAAAUCGACAUUCCCACAAAAUCACUCAAGAUAUUUAUAUGAAAAUAACAAGCAAAACAAGGUGAUUGAAGAAAAUUAUGCAUUUCAGGAUCCUGUGGCUUCAUUUCUCAGGACCAGCGGAUGCAGUACUGGAAAGGCCUUGGGCCUGUGGGAUGAGUGUCAAGUGUCACAUGCUUGGGUAGGGCCACCAUGGGAAUCCAUUCUGACUAUGCAGGUGUUACAAGGAUUUUGGCUUUUGGGUUUUCCAUUGAGGGGCUGGAGAGCUGGCCGUAGGGCUGUCCAAAAAAAUAAAGAGAGAGAAAAGCAGGGCUACUGAAGCAUUUUUAUUUUAAAUGCACAGCAGAGAAGGCCAGAAAUAACCCGAGCUUGAGCAGGCCGGCUUUCACAAUAACCUGUGAGAUUUAUUAAAUGGAGAACUGGAGCAUA